CAAAAAGGAAGCAACAUCAGUUUCACAUGUGAGAUUGAGCUCAACCCACAGCUGCAUGUAUCAGAUCACCCUACCACACAUGCUCACUGGGAACACGAAACGUGCGCUGCUUACCUCUCAUCUCAAGCCUCAGACCACCAUGGAUGAACUCGACAUGCUUCUAGAGCAGUUGGCUCAGAACUCCACCCAGACUUCAAGUGUUCCUGCACCCAUUCCACCCAAAACUCUCUCACUGGAAGCUUCCGUUAAACGCAACAACACAAAUCAGCUUGAACAAACUGAAUCCUCAUGUCUUGUUGCUGGUCCAGGAAAGACAUUUGAUAAUGCCUACAGCAUGCUUCCAGCCCCUGUGGAGGCAGGAGUGAUGAGUCCCGGCACAGCUACACGAGAGCUAGACUCCAUCAUGAAUGAGCUGUUGGGACUCGGUCUGGAGGUUUCAGAACCAAUUCCUACAUCAAGCCCUCCUCCAGUGGCUCGCAAGUCAGUAAAGGACAAAAAAACGGAGGAAACUAAAGAAAGUGAUAGUGGAAGUCAGGAAGAGGAUAAGAAACCACAGCAUCCUCCCCCGUCAGAAAAAGUAUCCAAGAGUGUGGAUGCUAUAGACGACUUGCUGGGCUCUCUCAGCUCGGACAUGGAGAAAAUGGGGGUCCGCACAGCUGCCAAAGGCCAUUGUGCUUCUUGUGGCAAGUGUAUAGCUGGGAAGAUGAUCACAGCUUUGGGUCAGGCGUGGCACCCAGAACACUUUGUGUGUACGACAUGCAGGGAAGAACUCGGGAGCAGUGGUUUCUUUGAGAGAGACGGGAAGCCGUACUGUGAAAAAGACUACCAGAACCUCUAUUCCCCUCGCUGCGCUUACUGCAAGGGUCCUAUUACACAGAACAUUCUAACAGCGAUGGAUCAAACAUGGCACCCAGAACAUUUUUUCUGCUCCCACUGUGGGGAUCUAUUUGGACCUGAUGGGUAUAUGGAGAGAGAUGGUAAACCAUAUUGCUCUAGGGAUUUCUACCGCCUCUUUGCACCCAAAUGCUCCGGCUGUGGAGAGCCAGUGAAGGAUAACUAUCUGUCCGCAGCCAAUGGAACCUGGCACCCCGACUGCUUUGUAUGUGCGGACUGUCUGAAGCCUUUUACAGACGGUUGCUUUCUUGAGUUGAACGGUCGGCCCCUCUGUUCCCUGCACUAUCACUCUAGACAGGGCACUCUGUGUGGGACCUGCGGAGAGCCCAUCUCAGGUCGCUGCAUCUCUGCUCUGGACCGCAAGUUUCACCCCGACCACUUUGUGUGUGCGUUCUGCCUUCGGCAGCUGAGUCAGGGGGUGUUUAAGGAGCAGGGAGGGAAGCCAUAUUGUUCAGUAUGCCACACAAAACUCUUUGUCUGAAAGAGGUGACUUUCCUCAAGGAAAAUGAAGGUUUUUAAACAGUGGUUAAAACUUUUUGACUCUAAGGCCCUCCAUUGUCCAACACAAGAUUUAAAAGCCCCCACCCCUAGUCUAAGUUUUGUAUCUGGUAUUA